AUGGCGCCGCGGGCGCUGCCGCUGCUGCAGCCGGGGCGGCGGCCGCGCCCGGGACAGUGGUACCGGCUGAGCCCGCGCGGGGAGCGGCCCCGCGGCCGCGUGGGACUCGGCUGCCUCCUCCUGCCCGGCCGCGUCCUGCUGCUGGGCGGUGCCGACCCCGCCGGCGCCUUCGCGGACGCGCAUUUCGUGGAGCUGGCCCCGCUGCGCUGGGUCCCCGCCGGCUGGCGCGGACUGAGGCCGCGCUACGAGCACGCCACCAUGCUGCCCGCCGGUGGCCCCCCGCGCCUCUGGGUUUUCGGUGGAGCGCACCCCGCCGGGAACCGCGGCUGCGUUCAGGUGCUGGACCCCGAAAUAGGAACGUGGGAGAGCCCUGCGGUGAGGGGGCAGCAGCCGCAGCCUCGGACAUUCCACACGUCCUCGGCGGCCAUCGGGGCCCGGCUGUUCGUGUUCGGGGGUGGAGACAAGGGAGCGGAGCCGGUGAAGGACCAGCGGCUGCACGUGUUCGACACAGCCACCCUGGCCUGGUCCCAGCCAGAGACUCAUGGUGAUCCCCCUUCCCCUCGGCACGGACAUGCUGUGGUUGCAGUUGGGACCAAGCUCUUCAUCCACGGAGGUUUAGCUGGAGAUGUUUUUUACAAUGACCUGUUCUGCAUUGACACGAAUGACAUGAGAUGGGAGAAGAUCCCAGCCACUGGGGAUGUCCCUGGAGGAAGGGCAUCCCACUCCUCGGCAGCAUUCCAGGAGCACGUGUACAUUUUUGGUGGAAUAGGUCCAGAUGGGACACUGGAUACUACGUACAAAUAUCACACAGGAAGGCAGCACUGGACGCUCCUGCAGUUUGAGUCUCCCCUGCCCAGCGGGAGGCUGGACCACGCCAUGUGUGUCAUUCCCUGGCAGGCUGGGGCACACGGGGACACAGGAGGGACCCCAGCUGGGACAGAGCCCCCUGUGGCAGCAGCUGACAGAGCUGAGCCCCUCCAGCAGGGCCUGCGAGAGGGCUGUGCUGAAGACACCUCUGUCCAUCUGCUGUUUGUGUUUGGGGGCAUGGACACCCAGGGGCACAUACACAGGGACUGCCUGGUCACCCUCAUUGAGUAGAGUCCCCACAGCACCAGCCUUGGCCCCUGGGGCUACUUGUGCCCCCUAAACAUGUCCUUACCCUGGGGCAGCUGGCACAGUGCCUCUGGGGGACAGGGGCUCUGCCUGAGCAGGGUCCUGCUGCAGCCCCAGCCCAGGGAACAUGGCAGGAGCCAAGGUGUUUUGAGGCACUGCUGGAGGUGGCACCAGACAAGGUCAUUCUGGACUUAACUAAUCCCAUGGAUUGGAUAAGGAUCAGUUAAAUAAAGAGACCAAAUUUCAA